AUGGUUUGCAUCCUCUACUUCGUCUUUGCCCUCCAUGCGGCGGCUUUAGGGGCGUCAUGCGACGUGCAGCAGAGCUCUGCAGACGUCCUCGAUGUCGACCCGCUCCAGAAUCCUUAUCCUUACGAUUUCCCGCCUCGAUAUGCUGCUGGGACUUCGGCGUUGUUCGCUAUGCCUACGUGUAGGGGUAUCACCCUGGAAGAAGCCACGAUCGAUCAAUUGCAGAAGUACCUAAGUGACCGCAUACUUACAUCCACUCAACUGUUGGAGUGCUAUCUGAAUCGAGCUCACCAAGUGGAUGGAUACAUCAACUCUAUCAUCGAGCUGAACCCAGACGCGAAUAAAAUAGCUGCCACACUCGACGCUGAACGCGCAGCGGGUCGCGUUCGAGGGCCGUUGCAUGGCAUCCCAUUCCUCGUCAAAGAUAAUAUAGCCUCGAAAGACAGAAUGGAAACGACCGCCGGAAGCUGGAUGCUAUUGGGAAGUGUAGUCCCUCGCGAUGCAUACGUCGUUGCGAAGCUGCGGGAAGCUGGUGCGCUUCUGAUGGGCAAAGCAACCUUAUCUGAAUGGGCAGACAUGCGAUCAAACAAUUAUUCUGAAGGUUAUUCGGCGCGUGGAGGUCAAGCGCGAAGUCCCUACAAUCUGACCACGAACCCUGGUGGCAGCAGUUCGGGUAGUGCAGCGGCGGUCGCCGCCAAUGUGGUAUCGUUUUCCUUGGGGACUGAGACGGAUGGAAGUGUCAUAAACCCUGCUGAGCGUAACGCCUUGGUGGGUAUCAAACCUACAGUUGGGCUUACAUCUCGCGCUGGUGUAAUACCGGAGAGCAUCCAUCAGGACACUGUGGGCACAUUUGGACGUACACUUCGCGACGCUGCAUACGCUUUUAAUGCCAUUUAUGGAAGCGACCCGCGCGAUAACUACACGCUUGCACAGGAAGGUAGAACUCCUACAGGAGGCUACAUGCGAUUCCUUACCGAAAAAACUACUUUGCAGAAUGCCACAUUUGGGUUGCCUUGGAGUAGCUUCUGGGUGUACGCCGAUGAAGAACAGCAAUCACAAUUGCUGACGCUUAUUGAACUGAUUGAAAGUGCUGGCGGCACAGUAAUAAACAAAACUGAGCUUCCCAAUUACCAGAAGAUCGUUUCACCGAAUGGGUGGGACUGGGAUUAUGGCGGUACUCGUGGGUAUGCUAACGAAUCGGAGUACACUGUGGUCAAGGUUGACUUCUACAACAACAUCAAAACGUACCUUGCCGAACUCGAGAAUACGAACAUCCGUAGUCUGGAAGAUAUUGUGGCUUAUAACUACGCGAACGACGGCACUGAAGGUGGCAAUCCCUGGCCUUUGGGUAUAGCUGCGUUCUAUUCGGGCCAAGACAGUUUCCUCGCGUCGCUGGAAUCCAAGGGUGUAAUGGAUGAAACCUAUUAUGAAGCGCUGGAAUUUGUCCAAAGAAGCACCCGAGAAGAAGGUAUUGACGCAGCACUGGCAAAUAACGGUCGCCCGCUUGAUGCACUGCUUGUACCUCCAGAUGUUGGUCAGACCUACCAAAUUGCUGCGCAAGCUGGUUACCCGAUGAUCACUCUUCCAGCUGGUGUGCACUCGAGUACUGGUAUGCCUUACGGGUUGGCGCUCAUGGGAACAGCUUGGAGCGAAGCGAGCCUGCUGAAGUGGGCGAGCGCUAUCGAAGACCUUCAGCUGAGUACCGCUGGCGCACUGAGGAGAACGCUGCCGUGUUGGUAUGGGUACAUGGAGAGGAACAUUCCAGUGAGGAACGUGUAA